AUGAGGGCCUCAAUAGUGAGCGACUCUUUGCACCAAUUGAUUGGUUUCGUCGAUAAGUCGACCGUAAAGUUUGUCAACCAUUUGGUGGACAAGUCCUCAGACAUCGAUGAAUUCAAGACCAAAGUGUCCAACGCUUUGGGAACCGAUGACCAGCAAAAGGUGGACCAAUUCGCUCACGAGUUGUGGUCACAACUGAGGGCUCAGACAACGGCCACAAAACGCCGGUCGAAGACGAAAGUGAGAGAAUCGCGUCAAACAAUUGAUGUCAACAAAAGUGAUGUCUUUGUCGAACCGAAGAGUGUUUCCAAACCGACAGACACUUCACGAAAAGGCGAUGAAAGCGAAGAGUCGAUGGAUUCGGACGAAGAAGAGAGGACUCGAGAUCUUAAAGAAAGGGACGAAUUCUCCGAAAGGCUUCGCCUGAAGGACAAGAAUAAGACCCGAAAUAUCGCCACAAAUAGCGACAAGAAGUCCUACGAAGAGGCGGCCAAACGGCUGAAACUGGAGGCCGAGGAUCGACAGAAAAUAAUGCCUAAACUGAGGGUUGAGUCGAGACGACAGUAUUUGGAAAAGAGAAAAGAAGACAAAUUAGCUCUUCUGGAGGCAGACAUCGCUGACGAGGAAUACCUGUUUAAUGAGGAGAACCUGACGGAGAGUGAGAAGGCGAAGCUCGAGUACCAGAAGAAAGUGUUGCAUUUGGCGCGAGAGCACGACAGGGCUCGCGAUCUCGAGAACGUCCAGAGAUAUCAUAUGCCGAGCGAAGGCAAGAACAACGACGAGUACAUCGAAGUGGACGACACGGAAAGGGCGCCAAACGCUGAGCAGAAGAAGUGGGAGGAAGAGAGGCUCGGAAUCGCGAGACUUCGGUUCGGCGCCAAAGACGCCAAUAAGAAGUCGCGUAAGGAAUACGAGUUAGUGAUGGACGCGGAGAUAGAGUUCGUUCAGUCGCUGACUAUCGGUGGCGACAAUUUCGAUGAAGAAGACCACGAGAAGGAGGAGAAGAAGACAAAGAAACAGACCAUCGAUGAGACGAGACGUUUGCUUCCUAUCUAUCCGUUUAAGGAAGAGCUGAUCGAAGCGAUUAGAGAACAUCAGGUGCUUAUCAUUGAAGGCGAGACCGGCUCUGGAAAGACCACUCAAAUACCCCAAUACUUACAUGAGGCGGGAUUUUGUGCCGAUAAUAAAAAGGUCGGCUGUACUCAACCCCGACGGGUGGCGGCCAUGAGUGUCGCCGCCCGAGUGGCCGAAGAGAUGGGUAUAAAACUCGGCAAUGAAGUCGGUUAUAGUAUUCGGUUCGAGGACUGCACGAGUGAACGAACACUCCUUAAAUACAUGACCGACGGAAUGCUUUUGCGUGAAUUCCUGUCCGAACCCGACCUCUCCUCCUAUUCCGUCAUUAUUGUAGACGAAGCGCACGAACGGACACUCCAUACGGAUGUGCUCUUUGGACUCGUCAAAGAUAUCGCUCGUUUCAGGCCUGACCUCAAACUUUUGAUCUCUUCGGCGACACUCGACGCGCAAAAGUUUAGUGAGUUCUUCGACGACGCGCCGGUCUUUCGUAUACCCGGCCGUCGGUUUCCCGUCGAUAUAUACUACACAAAAGCACCCGAAGCUGAUUACGUCGAGGCCUGUUGUGUGACUAUACUGCAGAUUCAUGUGACCCAACCAUUGGGUGAUAUUCUAGUGUUCCUUCCGGGACAGGAAGAGAUAGAACAGACUCAGGAAAUACUUCAGGAAAGGCAACGCAAAUUAGGCACUCGUAUACGCGAACUGCUUAUACGUCCGAUCUAUUCCAACCUACCGACCGAUAUGCAGGCGCAGGUGUUUGAACCCACGCCUCCCAACUCACGCAAAGUAGUGCUCGCGACCAAUAUUGCCGAGACAUCGCUUACCAUCGAUAACAUCCUGUUUGUGAUCGAUCCGGGAUAUUGCAAACAGAAUAGCUUUAAUCCCCGAACGGGAAUGGAGUCACUAAUAGUGGUUCCCAUUUCUAAGGCCAGCGCUAACCAGAGAGCUGGCCGUUCGGGUCGAGUGGCCGCCGGAAAGUGUUUCCGAUUGUUCACUGCGUGGGCGUAUCAGCACGAGUUGGAAGACAACACCAUUCCUGAGAUACAAAGAGUGCAUUUAGGGAAUGUUGUCCUCACACUCAAGAGUUUGGGCAUCAAUGAUAUCUUACACUUCGACUUCUUAGACCCUCCGCCGCACGAGACACUUGUCCUGGCGUUGGAACAGUUGUACGCUUUGGGAGCUCUCAAUCAUUUGGGAGAACUGACACGACUCGGCCGACGAAUGGCUGAGUUUCCCGUCGAUCCCAUGAUGUCUAAGACACUGAUUGCGUCCGAAAAAUACAGUUGCAGUGAAGAGGUUGUGACCAUCUCUGCGAUGUUGAAUGUGAACGCAUCGGUCUUUUACAGACCCAAAGAUAAGGCCAUUCACGCGGACACCGCCAGAAAGAACUUCUUCCAGUUGGGCGGCGAUCACCUAAUGCUCGUCAAUGUGUACAACCAAUGGGCAGAAUCGGGUUAUUCUCGUCAGUGGUGUCUCGAGAACUUCAUUCAAUACCGAUCGAUGUGUAGGGCUCGCGAUGUGAGGGACCAAUUGGAAGGCCUUAUGGAAAGGGUUGAGAUUGAGCUCAAGUCGUGCGAUAGCGACCACAUCGCCAUCAGGAAAGCCAUAACAUCGGGCUAUUUCUACCACACGGCCCGACUCUCGAGAACCGCCGGUUCUUACAAGACAGUGAAGGGUCAGCAGACGGUUCUCAUUCAUCCCAACUCAUCCCUCUUUGAAGAGAAGCCCCGUUGGGUUCUGUACCACGAAUUGGUUCUCACGACCAAAGAAUAUAUGCGACAAACCAUUGAAAUUGAUUCCCAAUGGCUUCUGGAAGUGGCGCCACAUUAUUAUAAGGACAAAGAGCUCGAGGACUCGACCCAUAAGAAAAUGCCCAAACAAUUGGGCAAAUCUAACAACGAUUUGAAUAGAGUUUAUCCCAAACUCUAA